AAACACCUUUAACCUAAGAAAUCUGUACGCGUCCGUUCUCACCAUCAAUAACUACAAGUACCGUUUUAACCCCUUUUCUUAUUCCUUCCCUCUCUCCUUCUCGCUUUGAUUUAUCGAACUUUCUAGUCCUCUCUGUCGUGCUCUGUUUUGGGUUUUUUUUUUUUCUUGAUGGGUGCGAGUUUCUCUGCUUUAUUUUUUGACCCAAACUGGUCUUCUGUUUCGGUUCAAGCGAAGCCGGGUCUUGGUGAUUUGCCGGAGAGUUGUGUGGCGUCAAUUAUUGCGUAUUUGGAUCCGCCGGAGAUUUGUAAAUUGGCGAAGCUUAACAGGGCUUUUCGCGGUGCGUCUUUGGCUGAUUUUGUUUGGGAAUCGAAAUUGCCUUCAAACUAUCAAACUUUGAUUGAGAAAGUACUCGGUGAUCUCAAAGAAAACAUGGGUAAAAGAGAGAUUUACGCCAGACUUUGUGGUACUAAUACCCUUGAUGGUGGCACAAAGAAAGUAUGGCUUGAUAAGAGUAGUGGUGGUGUGUGUUUAUCAAUUUCUGCAAAGGGUUUAGCAAUCACGGGUAUUGAUGAUCGAAGAUAUUGGAAUCAUAUUCCGACUGAGGAAUCUAGAUUUGCUUCAGUUGCAUAUCUUCAGCAAAUCUGGUGGUUUGAAGUUGAUGGUGAGAUGGAGUUUCCAUUUCCAGUGGGAACCUAUAGCGUGUUCUUCAGACUGCAGUUGGGUCGGACGGCCAAGAGGUUUGGUCGCCGUAUCUGCAACACUGAGCAUGUCCAUGGUUGGGACAGAAAGCCUGUUCAGUUUCAGCUUUGGACUUCAGAUGGUCAGCAUGCUUCAUCUCAAUGUAUCUUGAAUGAAUCUGGAAGAUGGAUUCGAUACCACAUUGGGGAUUUCGUUGUAGAGAAUGCCAAUGCAUUAACGAAGAUUAAGUUCUCUAUGACCCAAAUUGAUUGCACACAUACUAAAGGCGGUCUCUGUUUAGAUUCUGUACAAAUAUACCCUAGAAAAUAUACAGGGAGGUUAAAGCAUUUUUGAGCAGCAUUUAACCACUGCAUGUAGGAAGUACAAUAUAAUGUAGAGGUAGAGCAUCUUCAAGAGGGAGCGGAAACAAAUACCGGUAGUUCUUUCAGGUCUGGAACCAUUUUUACGCCAGACGUUGUGUAUGUUAUUGUCUAUUAGUGUGUAAUUAUCCUUUUUUGUUGUGGAGGGCUUCUUGUACUAGACGAAUGCCUACUUGACAAUUGAAUCACAAUGUAAUAUAUCAGUUUUUUUUCCCCCUUUCUCUGUAGGAGCUUCAGGGUUGUGAAACUCUUGUUCAUGGCUGUGAUACAUUCUGGUCUCGCUAGUUUUACAAUUGCGAGUUUAUUUAAGAUUUUAUUGAGUCUUCUUAGAAGA